AUGGAUUUUCCUUACAAUCUACCACUACUCCUAGGAAAGCAAAUAAAGCCCUUGAAUGUAGUCUUGAGCUUAGUAUUUAUAGAGGGAGUCCUGGAGGGACAAUCGAGGCUGAAAAGAUCUGCGUUGUGGAGCCUGAUCGGGGCAAGUGGUGUGACCCCCAUAAAUCCCGGUAAAUCUCGGCCACCGCCCUGA